AUGAAACCUCUUAGUGAUGAUGAUUCCAAAAGGUUGUUCUAUAAAAGAAUAUUUUCUCAAGAGAGUGGAUGUCCUCGUGAAUUAGAAGAAGUGUCCACAUGCAUAUUGAAGAAAUGUGGUGGAGUGCCAUUAGCCAUAAUUACUAUAGCUAGUCUUUUGGCUAGUGAUCAACAUCUAAAACCAGAGGAUGAGUGGCACAUUUUGCUAGAGUCUAUUGGCCGUGGACUUACCAAAGACCACGGUGUAGAGGAGAUGAUGAGGAUACUAUCAUUUAGCUAUUAUGACUUGCCUUCCCAUCUAAGAACAUGUUUGUUAUAUCUAAGCAUGUUUCCAGAAGAUCGUGAGAUUAUGAAAGAUCAAUUGAUAUGGAUGUGGAUUGCUGAAAGUUUUGUCCAAUGUGAAAAAGCAAAAACUAGUCUCUUUGAGAUCGGAGAGACUUACUUCAAUGAGUUGGUGAACAGAAGCUUGAUCCAGCCGGUAUACAAUUAUCGUGGCUUUGUAUAUGCUUGUCGUGUACAUGAUAGUGUGCUUGAUCUAAUUUGUUCAUUGUCAAAAGAAGAGAAUUUUGUUACCAUAUUGAAUGGCACCCAUGAUAGCAUUUCUUCUCAGAGAAAUGUGCGUAGGUUGUCCCUCCAAAAUACAAUCAAAGAAGAACAUCAAACAAUGCCUCUUAUUUCUGGGAGUAUAUUACAAGUGAGGUCUAUUGCCACAUUUAAAUCUGCUAUUGGUCUAUUGCCGCCUUUGUCGAGCUUCGCUGUUCUACGUGUGCUGGAUUUGACUGGAUGUAAUGUUGGUGAUCAUAACCAUCUAAACCUUCAGGACUUGGGGACUUUAUUUCACCUGAGGUACCUAGGUCUGGCCGAUAUAGGAAUUUCUGAGGUCCCAGAAGUUGGAAAGUUACAGUUUUUACAGGUGUUGGAUUUGAGUGGAAAUUAUGAUAUAAAGAACUUCCAUUAA